AUUAAUUUCUUAGUUUUGUUACACUAAUAUUUAAUCGGUAGUAAGUAAUAUGUAUUAAGAAUUUAAUCUGAUAUUUAAAUAUAUUAUGAAUAAAGGCUUUCGUUUAUCCAGUGAAAAGACGAAAUUAUAAAUGUUCAUAUUAUAACUCGGUGAUUCAUUCCAUUUAUAUUUUAUAUCCAGUUUAGACUUUGCUGUAAUAUUUCAUACAAAAAAGCUUUAAAAAGGAAGUUAUGGAGUGGUUGUUUGGACACCGAAUGACGCCGGAGGAGAUGCUGCGUAAAAACCAACGCGCAUUGAACAAAGCCAUGCGCGACCUUGAUAGAGAGCGAAUGAAGAUGGAACAGCAAGAGAAGAAAGUGAUUGCUGAUAUUAAAAAACUGGCUAAGGAAGGGCAAAUGGAUGCUGUUAAGAUAAUGGCAAAAGAUCUUGUCCGCACACGGCGCUAUGUUCGCAAGUUCAUGAUAAUGAAGGCAAAUAUCCAGGCUGUUUCUCUUAAGAUACAGACACUAAAGUCUCAGAGCAGUAUGGCUCAAGCAAUGCGUGGUGUCACCCGGGCCAUGGCAACAAUGAACAGACAACUAAAUGUGCCGCAAAUACAGAGAAUUCUUCAGGAGUUUGAGAAGCAGUCUGAGAUAAUGGAUAUGAAGGAAGAGAUGAUGAAUGACUCUAUCGAUGAGGCCAUGGAGGGUGACGAUGAUGAAGAGGAAAGCGAUGCAGUGGUGUCGCAGAUCCUGGACGAACUCGGGCUCCAGCUCAACGACCAGCUUUCUGGCCUUCCGCAGGCGACCGGCUCCCUCGCUGUGACCGCGAAAACGCCGGCGAGCCCGACGGCGGCGGCGGCGGCGGGCGGCGGAGCGGCCGGCGGAGGUCUGAGCGACGCGGACGCCGAGCUUCAGGCGCGCCUCGACAACCUUCGCCGCGAGUGACGUCACUCGGCUCGUCUUCUACGUGAGAAGAAACUUUAUUUUAACACAGCCCCUCUGCUCUGCUUUAUAUUUUAACUAAAAAAAACUCGAUCCAAAAUAAAACCAUUCGGCAUAUAGAUAGGCUCGCCGACACGACGAUCGGUGACGGUCAGUGUUUUUAAAAAUACAAAACUUGUACCUAACAUUUUAUUUAUGACAGAAGAGAAAAGGAAGGAAAGUUUUUUCCAAAAGUACUUAGCCCCUAUGCCAGAACCUUUGGCGAGGCGUCAGUUCAAAUCGGAAGAUGUCGUCCGCCACACGGCAGACAAUGCACCACGAGGAGCGAACUAACAAUCGUCGCUUGUCAUCGCGUCUUACUAUUUGUUAAGUUUGUAAAUAUAAAAUAUUAUAUAGUUAUUUUAAA